GAAUUGGCCGAUGAUAUUUUGGCAUUCUCCCCAGCGUGUCCUCGCUUCCUUAUUUGUAAAAUGAUAUUACAGGUGUCGACUAAUACAGACCACACCACAGUGACAAUGAACUCAACUGUCUCACUUGCACUGGAACAGACUCACCCGUGUACUUCACUGUAUAUGAACGGGUCGGGAAAGGACGAUAGUGACACUUUUGAUGAAUCUGCGGGCUAUUUUAUGGAAUUACACGUUUGGAGAGCUACGGAAUCAUGGAAGAGUCGCAGUUUAAUAAGUCGGUUUUACCUGCACUAGACUCAUUCACACUUGACGCAGAUGACACGAGUUUGGUAUUACCACCAGAGGAUUAUAUAUAUACCCAUUCAAACGAACGGAGUUUUCGUGUUCAGCAACAAGUGCAGCUCACACUUGCUCGUAAGGGCAAAAAGACAACGUCCAAUGACACACUCAUCUUUGGGCCAGAUCGGAGGCAGGGACUUCAGCAGCCUGUCGUUUUUCAAGGAGAAUAUAAGAAGUCCACCUAAGAUGGUGGAUUUGACCCCAGUCACCAGCCCUGAGUUACCUCGCUCCCAUCUGGCUUACGGGAAACUCAGUUUUGGAACCUGCACCCUCCCCGGCCCUAGCCAGCCGCCCAUGAUGGACUUCAGAGGAGCGGUCGUACGGGACAGACUUGAUGCGACGUUAUGUCCAUUCGGAAGUGGCCCGUAGCACAAGGACGCACCCCAUGGCUAACGGCGGCAACUACCACUGGGGCCAGUCCCUCAGACAGACUCGAGGGCCUCUCUGCAGACCACUCAUUCCUGUGCAGCAGCCCUGCGAUUCGCACUGACAACAGCCCCUACCUGAUGGAGGUUCAAAGGGGGGGCGAGGAGACAAACAGGUCAUUCAAUGCUACCCAGAGAGCAGAGGGCCUGGCCUGGCUGGGCCAGGUGGGGAGGGAGAGCCAGAAGCAUGUGGGAGCCAAAUGGCCUCGCUGGUCAGCAUGGGGGUGGACAUGGGCCAGAUGAGGGCGGCGGCGGAGCCAGAGAUCCAGCAGACAGAUGUGAAUGAAGUCACUGCGCUGAAGCCAGAGAGCAAGGUGCCUGAGCUGACAUUGGAGAGGGCAGUGAACCUGCUGGGCCAAGAGAAUGAUGAGAUACAGAUCACUGCUGCCAGCUUUAUUUAAAACCAAUGUUUCAACAGCGCUGAUGCUAAGAAGAUGGUGAGCUGGGGCCCAUCUCUACUACUGUUGACUUGGUCGCUCAAUUAAGGUUAAAGGCUUCCAGGCUGGAGGCCUACAAUACAGCUGAUGUUGACUAUACAGUGUUCUACCUUCACGGUAUACCCAGGCUGAUCAAACUGCUGCAGAGCGACAGCGAGGAGCUGGAGCGCAUAGCGGCGGGGGCGCUUCGAAACGUUGUCUUCGAGAGCAGCGAGAACAAGAUGGAGGUGAAGGGCGUGGCCCCUGUAAUGCGUCUGCUCAGGAGAAGUCGCAACAUAUUGACCCGGCGGCAGCUCACUGGGCUGUUGUGGAACCUAUCCUCCCAUAACCUGCUGAAGGAGCAUCUCUCCAAAGAGGCCCUGGAGAUCCUGACCACUUCUGUGCUCGUGCCCUGCUCAGGCCUGUCUGAGGGGGAGAACCCCAAAGAUGGCAUGCUGGCUGACCCAGACACCUUUUACAACGCCACUGGCUGCCUCCGAAACAUAAGCUCCGCUGGUCCAGAAGGGAGAAAAGCCAUGCGGCAGUGUGAGAACCUUAUUGACUCACUGGUAUACUACAUCCGCGGGACCAUAGCUGACUACAAGCCUGAUGACAAGUCCACAGAGAACUGUGUGUGCAUCCUACACAAUCUCUCCUACCAGGUGGAGCUUCCACAGAAGUAUGCCAGCGACCUCCAUGAGUCUCGACUCAACCUGGCUCCAAAGACCAAGACCCCCGGCUGUUUCGGCUCCCGCAGUGCCAAAAUCAUCCAGCGUCUUGAACCAAAGCGCCCUCUGCUGGAGAAGGGUAGUCCCUCUGGGGUAGAGUGGCUGUGGAGUGCCAUCACAGUGCGCAUGUACCUGUCAAUCAUGGAACGCAGCAUCUGUCCCUACACCCAGGAGGCUGCCAUCGGAGCCCUACAGAACAUCACAGUUGGGAACGGCCUGGUAUCCCAGGCCAUCGCCCACACCAUAGUACAGAGGGAGAAUGGUCUACUCCAGGCCAUGAAGAUGCUCCAGGAAGGAGGGAUGGUUGUGAAGAAGACUGCUGUGUCCCUGCGAUGUAACAUCUCACGCUACAGAGAGCUUCACGCUCACAUUGUCAAACAGGUGUUGCCACAGCUGGUGGUCAUGUUACCCAACUCCGACACGAGCACAGACCUGCCUACAGAGGUGACUGUAUCCCUGUGCCACAUCCUCAUCAACCUGAGCCAGGACGAGACGCAGCACGUCAGGGCCAUCGUCAACCACGGGGCGCUGCCCAAGAUCAUCAACAUCAGCGCAGAGGACAACGGGUUUGGUCCCACCAGGGCUGGCCAGGCAGCCUGCAUCCUACUACACAGCAUGUGGAGCCACUCAGAGCUCCACAGGGCCUAUAGGAAGGCUGGAUAUAGAAAAGCAGACUUCGUCAACAGCAGGACAUCAAAGGCUGUACAUUAAAUAUGGGACUAAGUGGACGAUCACAAAGCAUUGUGCUGAUUGAGGCAAUAGUGUAGUUUCUCUUCUGUGUGGACUUGGAUGACUCAAUUCACUGCUUUAUAAAAUACUUGUUUUGUGUGUUGACUUC